AUGGAAAACACCGACCAUUAUGAUUCCAACUACUAUCGAUACCGUGACAGUGGAACAUCUGAUUCUGAAUCGGAGAAUGACAGUAAUUCGGUGUCCAGUGCGUACCAAAGUUCAAGUGAUGGCGAUGGCGAUGGUGAUAGUCACAAUGAAAAAUUCCAUGAAUUUGAUGCAGUUGUAGGUGAUAGAAUACUGAAAAUUGAUGCCCUUACUGCUGAUGAAAUUCGUGCUAUGGAAUUCGGUACAGUUGAUGAAGCUAAUUUGUUUUAUUUCAAGUAUGCUAAAUGUAAAGGGUUUGCCAUUAGGAAAAGUGAUGUUAGGAGAAGAUCGACUGGGGGUGGACAAACAAUUAUAAUGAGGCAGUUUGUAUGCAAUAAACGCGGUCUAAGAGAUACAAAACACUUAAGGAGGCUUGAUAGAAAAAGAGAACACAGACCUACGACCCGCACUAAUUGUCCCGCUAGGCUUCGUGUGCAUUACAACCCCCAGAAGGGUAGUUAUGUAGUGUCAUGUUUUGAAGAGGCUCACAACCAUGAAUUAACACCAUCUAGGUUUAUCCACUUACACCCUAUUUAUCGUGAGAUUACUGCAGCAGAUAGAGCUCAGAUUGACGGUCUACAGUCAAAUGGAAUUAGAACUUGUCAUAUAAUGGGGUACAUGGUUGCUCAGAAGGGUGGACACGAUCGUGUUGGGUUUACAAAGAAGGAUCUGUACAAUUAUUUUGAUAGUAAAAUGCGUGCUACUAUUAAAGAUGGUGACGUUGCCGCUGCUAUAAAUUAUCUAAAUGUGAAGUCAUCUACUGAUCCCAUGUUAUAUGGUAAAUAUGCCGUAGGCACGGAUGGACGAAUGAAGUCCCUUUUUUGGGCUGAUGGAAGCAGUAGAUCUGACUAUUUUUGUUUUGGCGAUGUGAUUGCGUUCGACACGACUUACAAGAAGAACAAAUACAACUACCCAUUGGUUAUAUUUUCAGGGUGUAACCACCACUCUCAGACAGUUAUUUUUGGUGCUGCAUUGGUGUCAGAUAAAACGACAGAAACAUGGAGAUGGGGCGAUGAGGGAAUCUAUAAAACAGGUGUUUCCGGAUGCGACACGUCGUUUAUGCGCUUGGCAUUUGAACAAGAAUGCGACUGA